AAAUCACAGCGGUCUCAAGUGCAAGAAGGCUGUGGUUCCUCUACGUCCCCCUGCAGAACUCGGUAAACAGAAAACGAGGCUGCGAAGAGGCGCAGGCUGAUGUCCUGGAGACGUGGACGGGUCGCCAUGGGCAGGCCCAGCCCCACUGCCCAGCCCCGCUGCUUCACUGUCCACUCCGAGGAGGCCGCGCGGGUCUCCCGGUGCCGCUCCAGGUCCGCGUGCUGGGGCCGUGCGGCCGCAGGCACACACAAGCGGCCUGGGUUCUGGGGCUCCAGAGAAGGUUGCAACCAACCAAGCAGACAAACGGAACUCCGUGAGGGGGACCCUGCGGCAGCAACGUCCCGGGGCGGUUCUACUGCAGCGGAGGGCGGGCCGGGCGGCUGUUCGGUCUCGGGAGCUGCUUUCCGUGGAGGAUCCCAGAAAUAAGUGUGGAUGCAGAUGCCCGAUUUAAGAUAAGCCUAAAGGCGCUGGGUAUCCCCUUAGCGCCCAGCUGUCUGGGCAGGACGAGGCUGCGCUCGCGAUCAAAGCCUCGAACUGUCAGGCGACGGCGUGGACACCCAAGACGGGGCCCCAGCCGGCGCCGCGGCCCUGCUGCGCAUGCGCGAGACCUCCUUGUGCUCGCGGGGCCGUAGGACCGCUCUCCCGUUGUGCAUGCGCGCGCUCGGGCGGCGCGGGGUCUGGGUCUGGGGAUGUGGUACCGGCCGCUGGCGGCGGCUGGCAGUAGAGCGGUGGCCGGGCCACUGGCCUUGCUGUGGCGAUGUGGUGGUCCAGGAGGCAGCAGGACGGCCAAGACCAGCGCGAGGGCCCUGGGCACGGCCCGGCAGGUUUCCUGUUGAUCCACGCCUUGGGUUCCAAACCCCCAUCGGGGAAACACACAUUCAUGGGACCCUUGGAGAGUCAUUGCUCGCUCUGUGUCAGUGCCUCCGGGGGAUCCACUUUCAGAAACCGACUCUGCAGGCGAGAUCAACGUUUUUUUCCUGGUGGCUGUGUUCAAAACCACCCAAAGAGACUGGUGAGCCAAAGAAUGCCGAGCCUGGGGGAGAUGGAGGCAGGAGAGGAGGGAAGCGGGAUGACGUUGCCUGGUGGAGGCAGAUGCAGAAGGGGGACUUCCCCUGGGAUGACAAGAAUUUCCGCAGUCUGGCCCUUUUGGGGGCAGGUGUUGCCAUGGGAUUUUUCUACCUCUAUUUUCGAGACCCUGGAAGAGAAAUCACGUGGAAGCACUUUGUACAGUAUUACCUGGCCAGAGGUCUGGUGGACCGGCUGGAAGUCGUGAACAAACAGUUUGUGCGUGUUAUUCCUGCCUCUGGGACCUCUUCUGAGAAGUUCGUGUGGUUUAACAUUGGCAGUGUUGACACCUUUGAGCGGAACCUGGAGUCUGCUCAGUGGGAGCUGGGGAUCGAGCCCCCCAACCAGGCAGCAGUGGUCUACACCAAUGAGAGUGACGGGGAGCAAGCAAUGCUCACUGGUCCUCCUGGUACCGGCAAGACCCUUCUUGCCAAAGCAACUGCAGGGGAGGCCAGUGUGCCCUUCAUCACUGUGAAUGGGUCCGAGUUCCUGGAAAUGUUUGUUGGCAUUGGGCCAGCAAGGGUUCGUGACAUGUUUGCAAUGGCCCGAAAAAAUGCUCCAUGUAUCUUAUUCAUUGAUGAGAUUGAUGCGAUUGGCAGGAAGCGAGGCCAAGGGCACUUUGGAGGCCAGAGUGAGCAGGAGAACACCCUGAACCAGAUGCUCGUGGAGAUGGACGGGUUCAACUCUGCCACCAACAUCGUGGUGUUGGCUGGCACCAACCGCCCUGACAUCCUGGACCCAGCCUUGAUGCGGCCUGGCCGGUUUGAUCGCCAGAUUUACAUUGGCCCCCCUGACAUCAAAGGCAGGUCCUCCAUCUUUAAGGUCCACCUGCGCCCACUGAAGCUGGACGAGAGCCUCAAUAAGGACACCCUGGCGAGGAAGCUGGCAGCGCUCACCCCAGGCUUCACUGGUGCUGAUAUUUCGAAUGUUUGCAAUGAAGCAGCCCUGAUUGCUGCCCGGCAUCUGAGUCCUUCUGUUGAGGAGAAACACUUUCAGCAGGCCAUCGAGAGGGUCCUCGGAGGUGUUGAGAAGAAGAUCCAGGUCCUGCAGCCUAGUGAAAAGACGACUGUGGCCUACCACGAGGCCGGACACGCGGUGGUGGGCUGGUUCCUGGAGCACGUGGACCCCCUGCUGAAGGUGUCCAUCAUCCCCCGGGGCAAGGGCCUCGGCUAUGCACAGUACCUGCCCCGGGAGCAGCUCUUCGACCGCAUGUGCGUGAUGCUUGGGGGCCGGGUGGCUGAGCAGCUGUGCUUCGGGCAGAUCACUACGGGGGCUCAGGACGACCUGAGGAAGGUCACCCAGAGUGCGUAUGCCCAGAUUGUGCAGUUUGGGAUGAGUGAGAAGCUGGGCCAGGUGUCCUUUGACUUUCCCCGACAAGGCGAGGCCCCAGUGGAGAAGCCCUACCGUGAGGCAACCGCCCAGCUCAUUGACGAGGAGGUCUGGUGCCUCAUCAGCGUCGCCUACAAGCGCACCCUGGACCUGCUGACACAGUGCCGGGAGCAUGUGGAGAAGGUGGGCCAGCGGCUCCUGGAGAAGGCAGACGUGGUGGAGCCUGGCCCUCGGCCCUUUGCGGAGAAGUCUACGUAUGAGGAGUUUGUGGAAGGCAUGGGCAGCCUGGAGGAGGACACGUCCCUACCCGAGGGGCUGAAGGGUUGGAACCGGGGACAGGAGGAGGAGGACGUGGACAGCCUGUGCAGGGGAGCUCUGCGUAGCCUGUGGCGGUGCCUGCACCUGCUGCUGGGUGGAAUUCAGGUGACUGCCACUUACCUGGGGCCUUUGCAAAGCAGCUGUGGGCUCUCACCCAAAACAAAUUAGAACGCGACAACUGUGAACGGGCGUUUUAGAUCAGGGUGCUCUGAGCCCACAUGUAGGGAGUGGGAGUGGACAGAGGGGUACCCUGAGUCCCUGGGUCCAGGGUUAGAUGGGAGAGGCCCCAGGGCUCUGGCCCUGUGGUGCUGAGGCUGGCAUGAGUGUAACUUCAAGAGGGACUUGUGUGGGGCACCUUCCGUGGAGGCGUGUUGAUGUGGCCAUAAAGUCACUCAGAGGAGCCUGGGCCCAGCACAGAAACCCUCACGGUUUGGUAGAAUUCAGAAAAGGAGGGCGCCAGCCAGGUAUCAAGGGUGAGUCAGGUUUCUAAAGCAGCUGUUUGGAUUGGUGGAAGCUGAUCUGUUGCUCUGUCCUUAAAAAGGAUUAAAAAGGAAAGUCCACACCACCCACAGGUGCGUGGCUGAGGGGGGAGGAGGAGCUGUGGGGCCUCACACCUGGGUUCCUCAUCCGGGCACCCCCCACCCCCGCCUGCACCUUGGCUCCGUGGCAGCACUGCUCUGAGUGUGAGGGACUUGAGUGGCUUAAAAAACCUGGCCCCUGUCCUUGGGUGGAGGUGGUCUCACUGCAGGAUGUAUCUGGGUCAUCGGUUCGGUUCCUGUGAUCCCUUUUUGUUGGAGUCCUAGAGAGGGAAGCUCUGCAGGGCCCCAGCCGGCUCAGGGGUGUUUGUGGAGAGGCCGUGGUCCUGAAGCCUCAGCACGCGGCUGCCUCUGACCCUGGUGCCUGUUCAUGAACACUUUUCCUGGGGUUGGGUAGCUCCUAAUUUUUAUUAGGGAGGCCCCUUCUGGGCUCUGAGCUCCAGGCCCUUUGGUGCCUUGAACUAGGGAGGCUUUGCUUUUUCUUACCUGGGGUGUGUGGGACUCGGUGAGGAUGCCCCUUGUGCUGUCUCCAGCACAUGACCUACCUCCAGGACUCACUGGGGUCAGCAGCAGGGUCAGCCUCAACCAUGCCUUGGGGUGGGGGGAUGCGUGUCUAGGUCACCUGGGAUGGGACCUGGGGGAUGCCCAUUUGCAGAUGUCCUGGGUGAGCGGCCGUAGGAGGAGGCCCUGCUUGCUGCCCUGGGCACUAUUUGUUCUCAGCCUCUCUCUCAACCUAGGCCAGAUCAGACACUGGGGCUUUGUAGUACAUUUUAUAAAUUGCUUGUUACGUUGGCCUUAGAGCCUCAAAAAUAUAAUUUCCAACUGGGGGUGAACACGUUCAA